AUGUGGGCUAGGAUCAUUUUCUGCUCUUCGGUCUUGUUAGCUUUAUUGGUAGUUGUUCUCUUGGCUUUGUUUUCACCAACACCCGGCCAUAACAUAUUGACAAAGAAUGACCACACAAAGCCGCCUUGGAUAGCCUUGUCCUUGUAUAUCCAGCAGCCAGUACAUAUAGGCAGCAGCUACGCCACGCAGCCUGUGGUGGCGCAAUCGGAGGAUGCUGGCGCUCUCGUCUUCCACUGGACACUGACCGAGGGCCCCGAGAACACCUCGCGGGUAGUCGGAAAAGCGCAGGGCUUCAUAAUCCCGGUGGAGCACUUUGCUCACUCGGAUUUCAACAUUUUGUAUCUUAGUUUUGACACGCCUAAGUAUUCUGGUAGUCUUAGUGUUGAGGCUAAACAUAUUGCUCACAAAGACACCGAGGAACUCACUGUGGUGGGUGGAACUGGCUCUUUUGCUUUUGCACGUGGAGUUGCUGUUGUUGCUCAAACGACAACAAUCUCGCAUGAACCGUCGGACAUUGUUGAUGCCACUUAUCAUGUGAAACUGCAGCUUACAUUUCCUAAUCAGUCUCGGACGAUUCCAGGGUAA